AUGAGCGAGGCCAGUCGGGUGUGCUCCGGCUACUACAGCCUCAACCACAGCUUCGUGGAGCCCUUCCAGUGCCCCCGGCGCGGCGAAGAGGCCACCCUCCUCUACUGCUGCGGCUUCGCCGACCUCAAGUACUGCUGCAGCGAGCCGGGCAGCUACUUCCCCUACAAGCACAGCUACAUGUGGAGCCUCAGCAUUGGUGCCCUGAUCGGAUUGGGAAUUGCUGCCCUUGUUUUACUUGCCUUUGUCAUCAGCGUCUGUGUUCUUUGCUACUUAUUUCUGUAUACAAAGCCUCAAAGAUUAGACACUGGCCUUAAACUUCAACACCUAGAGGCUGUUUCCACUCAAGAAGGCAACUCAAAUAGAAAAAGCAAAGCCCCCCGUUCAAAUGCAGCAUCAAAUUCAACAAAUGAAACGUUCUAUGAGGCUGAUGAUAUAAUUCAAGAAAAAACAAUGGAUACGACACAAAUCAACACUGCUUAUUGUUAA